GACAGUUCAGCCAAAUGGAGCGGCUCUUAUGUAAGUGCUGUGGGAAGUGAAAGCUGUCAUGAAGCUUUGGGGAGGAGGGCUGAAGGGCUGAAGUGCUGAAGUGUGCGGUCCAACUUGGCUUUUACGCGGCGGUGCUCGCGCUGGAAGUGUGAUGCAUGUACCCGAAAGCGCGCGCGUAUGGACGCCGUGAGCAGGACAUGGGAGCGGUAUGGUCUGGCGCUCGGAUCGGAUCUCGGACUUUGACAUCAUGAGAAAAUGUGAAACGGAAUUGCAUGGCCCUGGUAGACAUCGCGCCGAUGAGCUUCCUUCUCAUCCUCUUCUUCAUUUUGGCCUCGGGAUUUGGGAGUAAACCCAAAAAGCAUAAAUCAAAGAGAACCUUGAGAUGUAUCUGUGUUGUUCGGGGCGUUGGCAAUAAUCUGGAGUACCAUAUUAACCUCGAGGGCUGGAAUUCUUUCUUAAUUCUGAGCUGUCUGAGUGUAUUUACGACUCGUGUGGAUGCUCACAAUGAACAGAGUCUGAAAGAUCUACAGGAGGUGCUCAAAAACAUGACUCCUUUGUUUAACGUAUCGAAAGCGUCCUUGUAUUCACCUUUGCCAAAUGUAGAUGAAUGCACUAAAAAGUUAAUGUACUGCUACCUGCUGGAGUUGAACGUUAUACUACAUGAGGAAAACGGUGAAGAGAAUGACUUAUCUACAAUUCACCACCUUAUGAAGGACUACUCCUCCAACAGUUGCAGCAUAUGUUCAGAAUGUGAAGCUCAUCCACUUGCCGACUCUGCAACCUUCCACAAAAGGAUACAGGGAUUUGUACAGAAACUGCUUUCAAAACUGGAAUCUGAAGUUAAAACAGAAUUUAAGGACUGUGAUUAGCACACUAAAUAUACACCACAGCCAUGAUGUAAAUAAGCUGUCUUUUUUUGCAUGUGGUCAAACAGACUGAAACUGUAUUAUUGCCACUAUCUUUAAUGUUAAUAUUUAUUAUUAACACAGAGACCUGCAAUAUACAACGUUAUUCUUAUGCUCAGGUCAAAUGUGCUAAUUUGAUCUAUUUUCUUUGUUUUACAAAUGAUUUUAUAUCUAUUUUUGUACAACUCUGGUUUCUUUUCUUUCAUUAAGUUUGAUGUGACACAUAUAAAUAGCUGUGACAAAAUGUUUGUAUUCCUAAAUAUAUACUAAGUUAUGUGAGGAGAUAAGAAAACUGUUCCCAUAGGAAAUUCCUGUCAGCAGUGUUUAUUCCAGCCAAGCUAGGCUUAAUGUGUGUUUAAGAAAAACUGUUUGUUGUCUUGUCUAUAAAAUAGAUGAUGUAAGAACGUUAAAAGCUGUGGAUGCCAAGUUUUGGGCACUAAUUAAUCCUAUUUGCUAUAAAGCGGGGUGACGGUUUGAAAAAGCCCUAAAUAUUAGAGGUGGAUUAGCCUUAAGUCAGACCAUUGGAUUGGGAUGGGGUGGCCAGGAUUUCUAGAUAUUUGUCUAUUUGCACAUAUCCUUUGCUAAUGUAUUUCUCAGAAAAAUGUCAUCUGAGUCUUCCUGGGCAGUUUUACAGGGAAACCAAUAUUACUUUAAUCUCCUAUUGCUUUAAUAUCUUAUUAUAUUAAGAAGAUAUUGCUUCCACUGCACUCAAGCGUUUCGCUGCUGGGAUGAAAAUCAGCACCUUCAUGUCUGAAAAGAGUGGCAUGCUCCUUUCAGGUGAGAAGAGACCUUGGAAUCCUUGGAAUAUUGACGAUUGCUGGAAAAAGAGCGCGUGAGAUUGACUAACGGAUCAGGUCAGCAGCAGUGUUACAGUCGCCAUACCGGUCUGAGGUGGUGAAACAGGCCCUCACGAGUUUUCAGACAAAGCUCUCUUUUUACUGGUCAGUCUACUUCCCUGUCCUAGCAUAUAGUCACGAGUUGUAGGCGACUGAAAGAAUACAGUUGGUGGAAAUGAGGUUCCUCCGACAGGGUUGAUGGAUUUACUCUCCAGGAUAGGGUGAGGAGCACUGCAAUUUGGGAGGAUCUCAGAUUAGAGCCGAAUUGAGAGGGUUGAGGUGAGUUGAGUUGGGGUGGUUUGGGCACAUUACCGUGUUCAGUUGCAUCAGGCUUGUUGACCCAGGACCUGCUGGAGAGAUCAUAUUGCAAAGUUGGUCCGGGGGCCAUCCACUGAGAGGAGCUGGAAUCGCACCAGGGACAGAAAAGUCUGGACUGACCUUCCCCACCUGUUGCCACCAUGAUUUGAGUUUGUGUCCAGACAUAACCCUGACCUUAACAUCAAAUAAAAAGAAAUGAUUGACUAAAAGAAAAGCUUAAAAGUAAUUACUGUUAGCAAUGUUACUGAGUGUAAUCUGUAGCAGAAUAUGCUAUACCAAAAGAUAAAUAGUCUUUACUAUUUCUUGGGUGUCCUUAAAAUCUAGAUGUGUCUAGAAACAUUAUAGGAUUUGAAAUAUUUUCUCUGUUUUUCCCAGGGAGUUCAUUAGGAUAGCUACUUUUAACUGUUUUAAUUUGAAUAAAUUUGAACUUAUAAGCCUCUCCAAACAAUUCCAAAACAGGACUGGGUGACUGGGUUUGAAAUUGCAACACACAUGUUCUACUGGUGUUAAAUUUCAGGUCAGGGAGCCCAGAUCACAGCUGUUCAUGGUAAGGUUGGCCUGGGCUAAGAACGAAGAGCUUAAUAACGGUGAUUUGAUAGGCACUGUUCCAGCCUAACCUCUCUAGGUAACCUUUAGUCCAGCAACCUUUGAUUGCUUGACUGGCUGAUUGCAAUUGCUCACAUGCUGGAUUGCUUCUUCAAAAGAACACAGUUCAAAUUAACGUUCCAACUCAUGUUGUUGUCAUUAUUUCCAUUCAUGAUGGCAAACUGACCAAAAUGUAGCAGCAUACAAUUAACAAUUUGUGUACAGUACUGGGGUUUUGUAUAUGGUCUGCAAAUUCAUGUGAUUUUUUUUUAAAUAUAUAUAUAUUUAUUAUAUUGCAUACAUCAUAUUAUUGUACCAAACGUGUGCACGUUGUUCUAUGUCCUUACAGAGCUAAAUGUUCGGUCUUUACUCCAUUUGGAGUCUAAUGAAUCUAAUAAACCAGUUAUUCACACACUGACA